UGGUGACAGUGGUCAAAUGUCACUUGACCUGAUUUUUGAUUGAUUGUUGAUAAAUCAAGUCAAUAAUAAUUUGUUAAAAGAAUAAGAUUUAGGAUUUAAUUAUUAAGUGCACAAUCAUGGCUCAGAUAGGUGAACCAUUAACAUUAUCUCGAGAUAUUAAGAGAUCUAUAGAACUCCUGGAUAAAUUACAAAAAAGUGGUGAAGUACCAGCUACAAAACUCGCUGCCCUCCAAAAAGUUCUUCAAAGCGAUUUCCUAAAUGCAGUACGUGAAGUGUAUGAACAUGUAUAUGAAACUGUGGAUAUACAAGGUUCACAAGAUGUAAGAGCCUCAGCCACAGCUAAAGCUACAGUUGCAGCAUUUGCAGCUAGCGAAGGGCAUGCCCAUCCCAGAGUUGUAGAGCUACCAAAGACUGAUGAAGGAUUAGGGUUUAAUGUAAUGGGAGGCAAAGAACAAAAUUCUCCAAUUUAUAUUUCGAGGAUUAUACCAGGGGGAGUGGCAGAUAGACAUGGUGGACUUAAGAGGGGUGACCAACUUUUGAGUGUAAAUGGAGUGUCUGUAGAUGGAGAAAACCAUGAAAAAGCUGUGGAACUGUUGAAACAGGCACAUGGAUCUGUAAAGCUAGUAGUGAGAUACACUCCUAAAGUUCUGGAAGAGAUGGAGUUGCGUUUUGAUAAACAACGAGCAAGGAGAAGACAGCAAUACAAUUAGAUAAUUUAAAAUUCACUUAAUAGUUUCCAUUUGUCAAGUUUUUGGACCGAAAUUCAUAUAAUUGCUAUUUAAUAAUACAAUAAAAAGCAAAGGCUCUAUGUUCUAGAUAAUUAUUACUAAUAAGAAAAUGUUUUUCCUAAUAGAGAAGGUUCUGGCAAUCUUAGCUUUUUAGCACGUUAAAAAAAUUUAACUUUUGAUUGUGAAUUCAAAUGAUUUGAGCACUGGUUCAGGUUAUAUCAAAGUAUCAGCCAUAAGGCAGAUAUAAAUGACUGAAAAAUUAGCAUAACUACAGUGUACUUCUAUAAGAUUGAGAAAAUGUACUUACUUUUUCAAGUAACAGUCUAUAAAACAUUCACACACUUCAUUACUGAUACUUACUAAUAUGUAUGUUAUAUCUGUGUAUAGAAUGGCGGAAAACAGGUGCAAUAUGUAAUGAGUAG